CCAUGACCAUUGUGCCCACUUCUCCUCGUUCAUCGCUAGGGUUUUCAAUCAUUUUUUUCGCUUUCCUAAAUUUGAUUUUCAAAGAAAUUAACAUAACCAUAGAUUCUUUGUCUGAAAAUAUUUAUUUAUUUUUACAUGGAAAAUUCUCAUUCUCAACAACAAGGUGUUGAAUCCACUACGUCUCUGUCUAAUCCUUCUAAAGAAAACAAUGAUAGCAGCGGUGGUGAUGUUCUGAAUGAUAGUAUUGGUUUGAAUCGUGAUUCUUUGCAAGGAGUAGAGCUCAUGAGCGUCGAUCACUGCCGGAACAUUCCGCAGACGGAUGAUUCGCAUCUCAGGGGAAACUCUGACGUGGUGGCUCGUGGAGAUGGUGGUGCUAAAGCGGAGAUGAGAUCAGAAGACGGAGUCAAAGUUAUUGAGAUGAGCUCAGGGAAGCGGAAGCGGGGAAGACCGCCGAAGAAUCAGGCGAAAAUGAUGUCGUUAUCAGCUCCGGCCCCAGCUCGGAGGAAGAAUGAUGAAGAAGAUGUUUGUUUUAUAUGCUUCGAUGGCGGGAGUCUCGUGCUUUGUGAUCGGCACGGCUGUCCUAAGGCAUAUCAUCCAGCCUGCGUCAAAAGGGACGAUGCAUUCUUUAAGUCAAAGGCGAAAUGGAACUGUGGGUGGCAUAUAUGUAGCACUUGUCAAAAGGCUUCAUAUUAUAUGUGCUAUACUUGUCCGUACUCCUUGUGCAAGAAUUGCACCAAAGGUGCCGAUUACGUGAAUGUAAGGGGAAAUAAAGGAUUUUGUGGAAUCUGCUUGAAAACUAUAAUGCUGAGUGAAAACAGCACAUUAGGCAAUAAGGAAAUGGUACAAGUGGAUUUUGAUGAUCCAACUAGUUGGGAGUAUCUUUUCAAGAUGUAUUGGGUUUCCUUGAAAGAGAAGCUAUCUCUAACUUUAGAUGAGCUUACAAAAGCUAAAAAUCCCUGGAAAGAAAAUGCUACAAUGGAGAAGUCUUUUGGAGACCUUGGAGCUAGUUUCUCCAAGAGAAGAAAAAAUUUGAUGCAACGGACAUUUUUUAGCAAAGUUGAAACUGUAGAAGCAGUAAAACCAGGAAUUACAAAAUAUUAUUUGGGGCCCACUGAUACCAUUAGUGAACGUUCCGAAGUUGUUGUUACAUCCUAUAGAAAGGUUGAUGAGAAAGGAAAAAGGACAAAUCCAGAUGAGUUUGCUGCAAUUGAUGUUCACAAUAUGAACUUGAUCUGGUUGAGGCGUAAUUUGAUCGAGAACUUAAUUGAUGAUGUUGACAAAUUUAACGACAAAAUUGUUGGUUCCUUUGUAAGGAUAAGGCUUCCUGGUAAUGAUCAGAAGCAAGAUAUGUAUAGGCUUGUCCAAGUAGUAGGUACCAGCAAGGUGGCCGAACCAUAUAAAAUUGGUGAAAAGACGAUAGAUAUCAUGAUUGAGAUAUUAAAUUUAGACAAAAAAGAGGUUGUCUCCAUUGAUGGAAUUUCAAAUCAGGAAUUUUCUGAGGAUGAGUGCCAACAACUACGACAGAGUAUAAUAAAAAGUGGGCAGAUCAAAUGGUUUACUGUGGGUGAGGUUCAGGAGAAAGCAAUGGCUCUUCAAGCAGUUAGAGUAAAUGAUUGCCUGGAGUCGGAGAUUUUACGAGUUAAAAAUCUUUACGAGCAAGCAAGUCAGAAGGGGGACAUGAAGGAGCUCAGGGAAUGUGAAGAAAAAUUGCAGCUUCUGAACUCACCUGAUGAACGAAACCGUAGGCUGCAUGAAAUUGCUGACAUACACAGUGACACAAAUAAGGAUCUAUUUUUCAAGUAUGAGGAAGUUUCUGGAGAAUUGGAUGAGAAGAAAAAAGGAAUGGAGCUAUCUAUAAAUAAUACUGAGACAGAUAAAAUAUGGCACUAUCAAGACCCACAUGAGAAAAUUCAAGGGCCAUUUUCUAUGGCAAUGUCACGUGUGUGGAGCACGGGUGGUCAUUUCCCUCCUGAUUCGAGAAUAUGGAGAGGAAGCUUGAACCCAAACCAGAAUGAUGCAAGUGAUCAUGGUAACGAUGACUCUGCGAUGGGGAAAGAACUGGGCUCUCAAUCUUCUACUUGUACUGCUUCUAUAAAUAUUGUCAAUUCAGAGACAGGAAGUUGUUUGCCCCAGAAGGACUCCAUGAAGGGUGAUAGUUACUUCCCUGGUCAGCCUCAUGUGAGUGGUUUGGUUCCCACAUCUACAUUGUCUGUGAAACCAUGUGAAACUCAGUCUCCUCAAGUUAGCAAAGGUCAUGGGGUUGAAAGAUGGGACUGUGGUUCGAUUGACAUGAAUGUGAACUUGAACAAGACCAAAGGUCAAAUUAUUGAUGGAAAUGUGAAGCAAGAUGAUAAUGAGGGAAAAUCAGGCAAAUCUUCUGGGCAAUGCUGGAGAGCUCCACCUUUGAAUGAUGCUUCAAAUGGAUGGGGUUCCAACUCUGGUCUUCUUUAUCUCGCUAGGGCUCUUGAAGUGUCGGAGCACAAUCAGGGUAUUGAUUUCCCAGAUCUUCCUACCUCAACAUCAAAAUUGAACCAAAAAGAGUCAAAAAUUCAGGCUACUAAAAGUAAACAAUCUCCUCCUCCAAAUGUUGCUCAACUGGAUUCAGGUCCUAGCUGGAGCACUGCUUCAAGUAUAGUGGGUAAUGGACCACAGCUUCACGAAGUAGCUGGUGAAUGGAGAGGGUAUUCUUCCAAUUCUGCAGAACCUGCAGGGGAGUGGAACCCUGAUCUUGUUCCCAAGUCUACUAUGAAACCGACUGACUUGGGAAGUGAUCAUGCUGCUACUCCAACUUCAGGAAGUGGUCAAUUGACACAUUCUUCUGCCACAGAUCCUGCUAAUAAUGAAUCUGGAUGGGAUCCAAUUGUUCCUGAACCCAAUGAGUAUUCUUUGGGUGAUGAAUCAGUUUCAGAUCUCUUGGCUGAAGUUGAAGCGAUGGAGUCACUUAAUGGCAUGGCUUCACCUCCUUCACCUACAUCAAUUUUGCGUUGUGAUGGGGACUUGGCUCAAGGUUCUGAACCUGAUUGUUUUAGUCCUGUGGGAGGAUUGAGCCCUGCACCAGAUCCAGGAAAAAGUGAUGCUUUGAGUUCAACGAAUGAUCUACAAAUCUCUUCUCUGUUGGCUUUGACCAAUGAGCUAUUUGGGAUCACUAAGUCUGAAGACGCUCAAAAGAGUUCUGGCGGACAUUCUUCUACGAGUGCUGAAAUGGAUGAAGAUACAAGGCCCAGCGAUGUCUCAGUUAACCAAUACGAAGCUUGGAGAGUAGGGCAUGAAACUACAGGCACCAAUUGGGGAGCAGUUCAAGGAAAUGUAAAUUUUCAUUUGCAAGGUUUACGACAAGAAACUAUGAACUUCAGUUGGGGACCAGGUCAUGGGACGAUCCAGGAAAAUGGCAGCAGCGUCCAUUCAAGCACUUCUGCAGGAAAUCCUGCCUAUUGGAGAAGCCAACAGAUGUAUGUUGAUCCGAGAGACCAACACAGGCAUGUAGAUCCGAGGGACCAACACAGGCAUGUAGAUCCAAGGGACCAACAGAAGCAUUUAGAUCCAAGGGACCAACGGAGGCAUGCCGAUUCGAGGGAUCAACAGAAAUAUGCCGAUUCUAGGGACCAACAGAAAUAUCCUGAUCCAAGGGAGCAACAGAGGCAUGUCAAUCCGAGAGACCAUGAUUUUCACAGCAGAGAUUCGAGUUUUGUUAGAGCCAGGCCCCCAUGGAAUAUGCACUCAUCGUACGGUGGUGGUCCUCCAAACAGAGUUGGUUCUUUCAGACUGCCGCCCAAAGGACAGCGGAUCUGUAAGUUUCACGAGAGUGGUUAUUGCAACCGGGGAGCAUCAUGUAGUUAUUGGCACCCUUGAACAGGUUACCAUAACAAUUGUGUGCAUUUUAGUUUAUGUAUUCAUUAUUUGUAAUAGUAAUUUGCUCUGUUGCUUCUCCAAAUUUAACUUGUAGCGGUAACAUUCAAGCCGAUGAUAAAACAUAUUAUUAAUAACAAUUAUUCUUCUCUGGA